AUGGCGCAAAAGAAAUAUCUCCAAGCAAAACUGACCCAGUUUUUAAGGGAAGACAGAAUUCAACUUUGGAAACCACCAUAUACAGAUGAAAAAAAAGAAGCUGGUUUGGAACUGAAGGACCUUGCUAGGAAGUAUGCUGACAAACUGGAAUGCUGUGAAAAUGAAGUAGAAAAGAUAAUAGAGGAAAUACGGUGUAAAGCGAUUGAGCGAGGCACUGGGAAUGAAAACUACAAAACAACAGGAAUUGCUACGAUUGAGGGUUUUUUACCUUCAGACUAAGAAAAGAUCGGAAAGAACUUGCUGGAGACCCGAUUGCAUGUCACUGGCAGAGAACUGAGGGCUAAGUAAGUAUCUGGAACUUUGGGUUUCAAAGAAAAUUGCAUCAAAAUCGUCAUAAAUAAAAAACAACUACAGUUAGGUAAGUCAUGACAAGAGCAGGCUGCAUAUUUUUAAGUUAAUUUAGAAAUCAUGAUUUUGUCUGAAGCAGUUCUAGAGGAGGACACGCGAAGAUGCCUCCAGCUACAAGAAGAGGAGCAUAACGAAGCAGAGCUCAAAGAACAGCGGAUCCCGACCAAGCGGGGACUGGAGAUACUGGCAGAGAGAGCCGAGAUGGUGGUGGACCCAGAAACCACUCCGUACUUGGACAUAGCUAACCAGACGGGCAGAUCCAUCAAAAUUCCUCCAUCAGAAAGGAAAGCCCUUAUGUUAGCUAUGGGAUAUCAUGAGAAGGGCAGAGCUUUCCUGAAAAGAAAAGAAUAUGGAAUAGCCUUGCCAUGUUUGUUGGAUGCUGACAAGUAUUUCCUGGGUAGGCACUUUUGUACUUGUGAGUGCUGCAGAGAACUGCUGGACAAAGUUGACAACUACGCAGUGCUGCAGCUGGACAUAGUGUGGUGUUACUUUCGCCUGGAGCAACUGGAAUGCCUUGAUGAUGCAGAAAAGAAACUAAAUGUGGCUCAGAAAUGUUUUAAAAACUGCUACGGAGAAAAUCAUCAGCGGCUUGUACACAUAAAAGGAAAUUGUGGGAAAGAGAAGGUAUUGUUUUUAAGACUUUACUUGCUUCAAGGUAUUCGAAAUUAUCACAGUGGAAAUGGAGAAGAGGCUUGUGAGUAUCUUAAUAAGGCACGGCAGCUCUUCAGGGAGCUGUACAUUGACCCCACGAAAGUCCACAAUCUCCUGCAGUUGGGGUUUACGGCUCAGGAGGCACGGCUGGGCCUGCGGGCAUGUGAGGGGAACGUGGACCACGCAGCUGCCCACAUCACCAACCGCAGAGAGGAGCUGGCUCAGAUACGGAAGGAGGAGAAGGCAAAGAAGAGACGCCACCUGGAGAACAUCAGCUCCCUGAAGGGGAUGGGCUAUUCGCUGCGAGCAGCCCGGCAGGCCCUGCACCAGGCUAGCGGCGACCUGGACGUGGCCCUGAAGAUUCUUCUCAGUAAUCCUCAGAUGUGGUGGUUCAAUGACUCAGAUUCUGAAAACAACCAGGAAAGUCCUUCCCAGGAAAGCAUUGACCAACUUGUGUACAUGGGCUUUGAGCCAGAAGCAGUCAAGGCCGCUCUGCGAACCUUCCGGGGGAGUGUGCAGCUAGCAGCCCAGACCUUGGCCCAGCACGGUGGGAGCCUCCCGCCUGGCCUCCCACUCAUAGCCGAAGACUCCUCCUCGUCAACACCCUCCACAUCCCCUUCUUCAGAUUCUGCCGGUACCUCUAGCGCCUCCACAGAUGAAGACAUGGAAUCAGAGGCCGUUAACGAAAUCCUGGAAGAUAUUCCAGAACAUGAAGAAGAUUACCUGGACUCAACUCUGGAAGAUGAGGAAAUUAUUAUUGCUGAGUAUUUAUCCUAUGUAGAAAAUAUAAAGUCAGCAACAAAGAAAAACUAAUGAAAUAAGUGCUAAGACUAUUUAUAAACCCUCUCUGUGAUUAUGUGCAAUGCGCCUGCCUUUCUUCUCUGUUCUCAUCUUGCUCCUCAGUCAUUUUUACAGGGAUGGACGUGGGACUGGGCUAGUGCAGUAAUUUCCAGGAUGAGCGGCUCAGGCCUAAUGCCCUCUUGCUUGGUUUCUUCUUUUCACAAAUGAAUGGAGCUGGGUGGGGGAUGCUGGGAGCUGGGUGGGUCAAGCUCCAUGUCCCUUUUCCCUGGUUGGGUGCUCUCCUACGCACUGACACUGCCUGUCUUCCUGCUGGCCCCUCACUGUCCUCCUCCCAUGGAGGCCUCAGGAUCGUAUGCUUUGCUUACUUGAAACAUGCACUGGAGAUACAGAAUUGAUGUGUUUAAAAUUCUUUUACAAAAUAAAAGCUUUU